CCCCGCCCUAACGGCAGCACGGGAGGGGGCUGAGGGGGGGCCGGGAGGAGCCUGGGGGGGUUUGGGCUGGGGAAGAGGAGGCUCAGGGCAGAGCUCAUGGCUCUGGGACCAGAGGGAACGGCCUGGAGCUGUGCCAGGGGAGGUUGAGUUCCAGCUUUGGCAGCGAUAAAAUUCGCCCUCGGGAUCUCAGCACAAUGCAGCGAGCAUCGCGGCUGAAGAGGGAGCUCUCCCUCCUGAGCACAGAGCCCCCUCCUGGCAUCACCUGCUGGCAAAGUGGCAGCCGCCUGGACGACCUCCGAGCACAAAUUUUAGGAGCUGCAGAUACACCAUAUGAGAAAGGAAUAUUCAACCUGGAGAUAGUUGUGCCUGAAAGAUACCCAUUCGAGCCCCCAAAGAUUCGCUUUCUGACCCCUAUCUAUCAUCCUAACAUCGACUCUGCUGGAAGGAUUUGCCUGGAUGUUCUUAAGUUACCACCAAAGGGCGCAUGGAGGCCUUCCCUGAACAUCUCCACGCUGCUCACCUCCAUACAGCUGCUGAUGGCAGAGCCCAACCCUGAUGACCCUCUCAUGGCAGACAUAUCCUCGGAGUACAAGUACAAUAAGCAGCUGUUCUUGAUAAAUGCCAAGGAGUGGACUGAGAAAUAUGCAAGCCAGCAAAAGAGGGCUUCCAAGGCUUUAGAAGAGAAAACAAAUCAGAGUGAAACAAGUACCACCAGUGAAUCUAUCAUGCUGAAAAGAAAAGGGAGUGAUAUCACCAAGAAAGAGAAGAAAUCUCGCCUGGAGUCCUAAGUGAUUUUUAUUCCUGGUGUGGCUGUCAACUUUGUUUUUGCUGUCCUUUUUUCUUUACACAGGUAUAACUAAAUAUUUUAAUAUUAAUAGUAGUAGGCUUUGUUUUUCUAUCUCCUAGGUGUUUUUCUGUCAGAAGUUCUAUUAAAUAAAAGCUUUAUAUUUUA